AUGCUCCUGGGGAACCUGUCUAAGUUUGGUUCAGGAGAGCCUGUGUUCAAGGACCAGAUCCACAACGUUCUGGUUAGCCUGCUGCUGCACCUCAGUGACCCCAACCUGCAGGUGGUCAAGGUGGGUAACCUCACAUCAAAACUCAGGCAGUGGACUUGGGGAAACUAUGGUUCUAGAAACUGGUUUGAUGUUUGGUACAGUAUACCUGUUGUCUAGUUUUCUUUGCAGUCAUGUGCUUUACAUACCUAGAAUUCAUAUGAUAUAGUCUGGUUUAUAUCAUAGAUUUAAGUAAAUGAUACAUUAUUAUGUCAUUAUCAUGUGGAUUGAACUGAAGCAGCCUUUGUGCUGAGAUGCAGAUGGUAGGCUUAAAGACUGUUUCCCUGUCUGUCCGUCUGUCCGUGCAGGCAUGUAAGUAUGCCAUGCGAGUGUGUGCUCCAGUGGUGGGCUCAGAGCUGAUCACCACUAUGUUCCAGAACCAUCUCCACGAGGACAAGAGUCUGCACUACGGAGAAUUCAUCAACGACCUCACCAAAUAUAUUGUGAGUUGAUCACUGUCUAAUACUGUAAUUCUCUACUCACCAUUCACAAACUGAUACAGACCUCACCAUCGGCCAUCAAAACCAGUAAUGGAGAUCUGGCAUUAGGAGGCGGCAAUUAUUUACCUAGUAAAAAGCUUUUUAAAUGCAUUGCACGCUAAGCAAUCAGUAGACAAGUUGCAUUGGAAACCCACCUUGAAUAAUAAUGUUGUGCUGCAUUUAUUUUAAAAAGGUUACUUUUAUUUUUCUGUUUUUGGGAGGGUAUGAUAGAAAUGUUAUUUCAUUUGUCCCCAGAUUCAAGACUUCCCUGGCAUGCUCAACUUCUACCACAUCACCGUUAUCCAGUUCUUCAAAAGCAACUGGGCCGAGGUUCGGGCCAGCGCUGCUAUGUUUAUCGGUAGGUAGGAAAACGAUGUCUCGGUUCUCUUUGAUCAACUCUGUUUCCUCAACUUCACUUCACCUCAACACCAGGGUUGGGGUCUAUUCCAUUUAAAUUCCAGGCAAUUCAGGAAGUACAAUGAAAUCCAAUUCUUUUAAAUGAUACAUUUGGAAUUGGAAUUUGGUUUACCUUCUGAAUUGACUGGAAUUGACCCAAAACCCUGCUCAACACAGCUCUGCUCUGUGUCUUAGCCUCAGUAGCUGUCCCAAUGACUUUGUAGUCAGUUAUGAGUUAGAAAAGUAUUGAUCGUUUUUCAGACAGAGCUCUGUUACAAUAUUAGAUAAAUGUCAUAUAAUUAGUUGUAAUUUUCAAAAAGAGAGUAGUAAUCAAGCUGUUUGCACAAACCAAAUAUUCUCUCUAAUUUACCAUUGGUAGAGAUUUUCACUUAAAUAUGUAUCUAAUCGAACGUUUCUUUGUAGGUUUCCUUCUGGGUAAUCUUCCUGAGGAAUUAUUUUCUCACAUCAACAUGGGGAGUGUGACCAAAGGUAGGCAUAGCUGUUUUUCUAGUUCUAGUUCACCAGCAAGUUGGAUGUGUUGUAACUGUUGUUGAGUUGGCUGUGUUGUUGAGUCGGCUGUGUUGUUGAGUCGGCUGUGUUGUUGAGUCGGCUGUGUUGUUGAGUUGGCUGUGUUGUUGAGUCGGCUGUGUUGUUGAGUCGGCUGUGUUGUUGAGUCGGCUGUGUUGUUGAGUCGGCUGUGUUGUUGAGUCGGCUGUGUUGUUGAGUCGGCUGUGUUGUUGAGUCGGCUGUGUUGUUGAGUCGGCUGUGUUGUUGGGUCGGCUGUGUUGUUGGGUUGGGUGUGUUGCGACUGUUGUCGAGUUGCUAGUUGCGACUGUUGCUGAGUUGCGUGUGUUGUAACGGUUGUUUGGUGUGUUGUAGUCUGUGUUGAGUGCUCCUUCCAUGUGUUGAUACUGUAACUAAAGGUGCUUGUAUACGUAGGGCCAGGAGUUAUUCCUGCUCAGAUCCAAGUGAUCAGGGAAAUCUACUUCAUACUCAUUGUCUUCUGUCAGACAUUAGUUGAGGGAAGACUAUGACCUCAUACUGUGUUGUGUGUGUUGCCUCACAGGUCUGGUCAUGCUGCUCCAGGACCCAGACCCAGUGGUGAGAGUCAAGGCAGCUGAAGCUAUGGGCCACUUCCAUUGA